GCGUCAAGCGAAGACGAAGUAACCAGCGGUGUUUUGGCAUGGCUUAACUUCUCUCCGGUAAAGCGCCAAAACCACGCCUCCUCACUCAUUAAUCAAUGCUGUGUGAUGAAGAUUUCACCCGACUUUCUCAGGCGAAUCCAAACAGAUUCCAUUGUGCAAGCUAGUUGUGAAUGCCGGCAGCUUAUUUUAGAAGCUCUAGAGACUAUGCAGUCCACAAAUUUACAAGAAGUAGGUGAAUUUCCAGGAAUUUCACACCGUUCUUUGCGAACUGGCCAUGAAGUCAUGCUGGCGAUUGGAGGAGAAUCAGACGGCUUGACGUUAGACAGCUGUCAAUGCUUCAAUCCCAAGUGCAACAGCUGGACAUGGGAAAUCCCAGGAGGGUGUAGUGAUGCCAUGCUAAUACCCAACAUGAAUAAUGAGUGCACCUUCAUGGGUGUGGCAUCAAGUGAACACCACAUUUAUGAUGGUUGGCGGCCAUUCUUCCUGGAAUAUGUUAGAUUCAGUAGAGCACUAUGAAUGGCCUGGAAACAAGUGGGGUCACUUAUCACCAUUGCACAUGGAACGAAUGGGAACUAGUGUUGUUCUCCCAGGGGCCCACCCUGUUGUUCUUGGAGGUUAUAAAAGAACAUCAGGGUAUCUGUCAUCUGUUGAGAUGUAUGACCCUCUGAUUGACAACUGGACAUUGAUUUCAAGAAGGAGUUAUCUUGGUGCUUUGGCAAUAGGACAAACAGUGUAUGCUAUUGGAGGAUUUGGUGGAGAGUGUGGAAAUCUAUCGAAUGAUUGCUUAAUGUCAGUGGAGAGAUUGGACCCUCAGAGUGGAAAUUGGCUGUCUGUAACAACCAUGUCACAACCAAGAGCUUAUUUUGGUGCAUUCCAGAAAGAAGGUACAGUGUAUGUAACUGGAGGUUACAACCAGUCCUGGCUAAAUACAGCUGAAAGGUUUGAUCCACAUGAAGGGAGAUGGUACAAUAUUCCAGCCAUGAAAUCACCCAGAGGUAGUGCAGGUGCAAGUGUAUUGGGAAAUUGUUUGUAUGUUGCUGGGGGAUUUAAUGGUAUGCAAAAUUUGAAUACAGUUGAAUGUUUUGAUACAAGGGCUGGAAAAUGGAUGGAUAUGCCAUCUAUGCAAAAUGCCGGGUAUGGAAUGGCACUAACUACUUUACAGGUGUGAACUCAUUUCUUAAAUAAUAAUUGGUAAAGAAGUCAUUUCUAUUUUAAUCCAAGAGAACUUUUCCUUGAGCACAACAAAUCUUGAAAUACAUGUCUACAUUAGGGUAUACUUUUUAUCAAUAUAAUUUUUAGAGAAGUAUUGAUAUGUUUUGGGUUGAAUUUGUAACAUAUUUGAAAUUCAAUGAGAGAAUACAUUUUAUUUGGGGAUAUAAAUUUAAUUCUGUUUUUGGAAAUUUUGAUGUCAGGAUUUAUUCCAGAGCAUGGCUUUUGUACUGUUAUUUUAGUGUAUUUUUUAAAUCAGGUUUUCCAAAACAUAAUUGAUAGCAAAAUCGAUAUGAGAGCUGCUACAUGUAUAUAGCCUCUCACUAUCUCAGUUGCAAUUACCCUCUUUGAAUUGUCACUGACUAUACUCUCAAAGUAUGUUGAAACACCUUUUGGGAAACGCUUUCUUGAAAUUGGGCCCCCACGAAGUAAGGGGCCAACUGUACCCUCCUCGACCAAUUUCUAGUCUAAGAGUAAACACUGGAUGUGAAAUUAUACUAUUUUGUUGGACUAUGGAUAUGAAAAAUCAGAUGUUAGCCUCCUUUUAGAGAUAGAUAAAAUUGGGAUAUAUGGAUUCAUUUUAAUUUUGUUUUGUUGAGAAAUUAUAAUAUAAAAGUAAUAUUC